AUGUCGACAACGCCUCAGAUGUCGCAAUCAGGCUUUCAGGAUGAUCAGUUGGAGGCUGGUGCACGGGAAGAUGUUGGGACUGAGGCGCAAGAGAAGCCUUUGUCGACCACUGGAACAAUGGUUGAUGAGCCUCAGCCGAAUCCUAAUGUUGUUGACUGGGACGGACCAGAUGAUCCCCAGCACCCACUCAAUUGGUCCAAGGCCCAGAAGAAUCUCCAUGUUGGCAUUGUGAGUCUGUCCACUCUUGCAGCAAACCUGGCUGCCACAAUGUUUGCUCCAGGAGCAGCAGAAUUAUCCGAUGAGUUCAACAUCACCAGCGCCACAGUCACAGCCAUGACAGUCAGUCUCUACGUCCUGGGCUUCGCGCUAGGUCCCCUCCUGCUUGCGCCUCUUUCAGAAUUGUAUGGGCGUCUCAUCAUCUAUCACUUUUGCAACAUGGUUUACAUGGCCUUCACAAUCGGCUGUGCGUUCAGCACAAACGUCGCCAUGUUUCUCGUCUUCCGCAUCAUCGCCGGCUGCGCUGCCUCAGGCCCAAUGAGUAUUGGUGGAGGUACUGUCGCAGAUCUUUUCGUCCAGGAGCAGAGAGGGAAGGCCAUGGCUCUCUUCGCUGUUGGGCCACUUCUUGGACCCGUGAUUGGUCCCAUCAUUGGAGGAUUUGUCUCCGAGAACGUCGGGUGGCGAUGGACAUUUCGAAUCCUUCUCAUUUUGUCUGGCAUUCUUGCUACUGUCACAUUUGCCUUGAUGAAAGAAACAAAUUACACCGUCAUCCUGCAAAAGAAGGCUCUUCGAAUGCGCAAAGAAACUGGUAACGAGAAACUGGUCGCCAAGUCGAGCAGAGAUGAGACUGCUGGACAAAUGCUGGCACGUGCCAUUGUACGGCCUCUGAAGCUGCUCAUUUUCUCCCCAAUCGUGCUCUUGGUGUCUCUCUACACCGGUAUUCUCUUCGGUCUCAUCUUCCUCCUCUUCACCACCUUCCCCUCUGUCUUCCAAGACGUCGACAAGCUCCUUGGAAGCAAGAAGGGCGAAGAGAAUGCCGCUCCCAGGCCAGAGGAUCGUCUUCUUCUCAUGAAAUGGCUAGGUCCUAUUACUCCGCUUGGCCUUUUCAUCUAUGGCUGGACAGCAGAAAAUCGUGUUCACUGGAUCGUCCCUAUCAUCGGCACAUUCAUUGUGGGGUUUGGUUCCCUUUUUGUGGUCAUCCCUGGUCAGAUUUACCUAGUUGAUGCGUUUGGAGCCGAGGCAGCUGCCUCUGCUAUGGCGGCCAAUUUGUUGGUCCGCUCGCCCUUCGGAGCCUUCCUUGACCUCACAGCCGAGCCUCUGUACUCGAAGCUUGGGUUGGGUUGGGGUAACAGCGUCCUUGGCUUCAUAACCCUUGCCUUCACUCCUGUUCCGUGGAUCUUCUACACUUACGGUGAGAGACUUCGGACUCACUUCCAGGUUGAUCUGUAA